CUGUUUCUGUCUUAUCAGCUGUUCGAUUUGAUGUAAUCCAUUUUACAAGAUAGAGUGAUCCACAGCAGCGUUUGUAUAGAAACCCUGUAAAUAAACGCCAGCAGAGAGAAAAAAAAACACUUGAGUAGCUACAGCAGUCUGCGCCGUCGUCGCCUCCCCGCGCUGCUCUCUCCUCCCGCGCUUAAAGACACGACAAACCACUCAGACCAGUCCACACCAGAAAUGGCCCACCACCGGACCGGGACGACACUGGAGAAAAAUGACGAGGUCCAUUCAUCGGAUUUGGAGUUGUCUCCAGAUCACGGGUGCAAUAUUCAGAAGAGACAUGUACGUGUCACCGUGAAGUACAACAGGAAGGAGCUGCAGAGGCGGCUGGACGUGGAGAAGUGGAUCGAGGAGAGCCUGGACCGGCUCUACUCGGGUCAGGAGGCUGACAUGCCAGAGGAGGUGAACAUUGAUGACUUGAUUGACCUGCCUAACGCUGACCAGAGGGUCAAGAAGUUGCAGGAGCUUCUUCGAAAGUGCAGAAACAACACAGAGCCCUUCAUCAGACAGCUGGUGGAGAAGCUGGAGGGAGUUCCCAAGCAGGACGAGCUGCAGAGCGAAGGCAUUGAGCAUCCUGUCAUCUGUCACAGCCACUACCGCCACGAGCCCUACCACUUCAACAACCCACAGCAACACCUCCACCACACUCGAGACCAUAACCAGGCCCUCUGACAGCCCCCCCCCCCCCCAACCAGUGUAGACACACACACAGAUGAGAAGAUCGACAACACUCUCAUAUCUGUUUCUUAAAGGUUCCCUGUGGCGUUUUUCACCAGUAGUAGCACUACGAAGCAACGUUUUUACGUGUAGAUACCCCUUUUGCACACGCAUGCGAAUGCAGAUAACGUGUGACACAUUCACAUCUUGUUGACGUCUCCGCUGGUCAGACUCCAGAGGGUAACUGCUCAGUCCAGCAACAGUCCAGCACAUUAAUCCCUUUAAAACCACUUCUUGUUGUUUUUACACUUUUGUUUUUGAGAGGAUUAAACAAACAAGAUAUCAUAUGUUGAUUAGUCCUGAUAGGUGAAUUUUGCUACCUUUUGACAGAGGCAGGCUAGCUGUUUAUGCUAAGCUUACUGUAUGCUGCCUAUAGCCUUAUAUUUAAUGGGCAGAUAUUAGAAUGCCAUCAAUCUUCUCGUCUAGCAAGCAAAUAAGCAUAUUUACCAAACUGUCAAACUUUGCUUUUAAGCAUUUAUUUCUGACAUUUCUCGUGGAUAAUUGGGUAAGAAUACUUUUUCUAUAAAUUAAUUAUCCAUUUCUCCAAUCACAGUACCCCCCCCAAAAAAAAAAAAAAAAAAACAGGAUUCAUUUGCAGCACAAAAACUUUUUCCUUGACUGGAAUAAUUAUACACCAUCUUGCACCUACUGUUAUCACUCUCUCCAUGUACAUGUUGUUGGACGCAGCAGUUUGUGGCUCUAACUGAUGAAGUAAGUAAAAAAUACAGCACAUCCUGGUACAUAUCCAACACCACACACUGAUUUUACACCACCGUCUAAAUUUAACACUGACACUUAAAGAAUGUCCCACGAGCACAGUAAACACGCAAAAUGCUAGCUUAGAUGCACACAUGACUUCUUUAACAUCUGUUAAAUUAUGCUUUAGUUAUUUAUUGUCAUGUGAACAGGAAAUGGACACAGAUCCAACACACCGGUGAAAUUAAACACCGGCAGUGAUCCUGUUGCAAUGCUUACACUGUAGUUUUUUAAUGAUAUUUCCCUGUCGUUCUCCCCUUCUCUUUUUGAGUUGUGCUGUUACUAUAUUUUCAGUUUUGUCAAUACAUUCAUUAAGGCAAGAAUCGUUAAUAAAACAGUGUCUUUCA